AUGGCGCGGUUGAUGACGACGGCGACCAAGACGCCGGCCACCUUGGCGGUUGCCGCGUCGUUCCUCCUCCUCGCCACCGCGGCGGCGUCCGCCUCGUCGGCGCCGUUCGACUACGCCGGCGCGUUCGACAAGUGCCUGCAGUUCUUCGAGGCGCAGCGGUCCGGGAAGCUCCCCGCCGACCGCCGCGUCCACUGGCGCGGGGACUCCGCACUCAAGGAUGGCUACCUCCAGGGGGUGGACUUGGUGGGCGGGUACUACGACUCCGGCGACCACGUGAAGUUCGGGUUCCCCAUGGCGUACGCGGUGACGAUGCUGGCGUGGGGGGUGCUCGAGUUCGAGAAGGAGAUGGUGGCCGCCAACAACCACCAGCGCGCGCUCGACGCCAUCCGCUGGGGCACCAACUACUUCGUCAAGGCCCACACCGAGCCCAACGUCCUCUGGGUCCAGGUGGGCGACGGGGACAGCGACCACCUCUGCUGGGAGCGCGGCGAAGACAUGUCCACGCCGCGGACGGCGUUCAAGAUCGACACGAACCACCCGGGGUCCGAGGUCGCCGCCGAGACGGCCGCCGCGCUGGCCGCCGCGUCCAAGGCCUUCCGCCCCUACGACUCCAUGUACGCCGACCUCCUCCUGCUGCACGCGAAGCAGCUCUUCACGUUCGCCGACACGUUCAGAGGCAGGUACGAUGAUUCCCUGCUGAGCGCCAAGAAGUUCUACCCUUCCGGUUCUGGCUACGAGGACGAGCUGCUCUGGGCGGCGGCGUGGCUACACGAGGCGACCGGCGACGAGAAGUACCUGCAGUACGUGUCCCAGAACGCGGACGACUUCGGCGGGAUCGGCAUGUCCAUGCUCGAGUUCUCCUGGGACAACAAGUACGCCGGCCUGCAGGUGCUCCUCUCCAAGGCGGUCCUCGCCGGCAGCGGCGGCGAGUACGCCGACACGCUAAGGCAGUACCAGGCGAAGGCCGAGUUCUUCCUGUGCGCCUGCCUGCAGAAGAACGGCGGGAACAACAUGAAGCUCACCCCGGGCGGGCUCCUGCACGUGGACGAAUGGAACAACAUGCAGUACGUCAGCUCCGCCACCUUCCUCCUCACCGUCUACGCCGACUACCUCUCGGCCUCGCGCGGCGCGCUCAGGUGCCCCGACGGCGAGGUGAAGCCCGGCGAGAUGGUCCGCUUCGCCCGGUCCCAGGCGGACUACGUGCUGGGCAAGAACCCCCGGGGCAUGAGCUACAUGGUCGGCUACGGCAGCUACUUCCCCACUCACGUGCACCACCGCGGCGCCUCCAUCCCGUCCGUCUACGCCAUGGAGUCCGUGGUCGGGUGCAUGGACGGCUUCGACAGGUUCUUCAACAGCAAGGGCGCCGACCCCAACGUCCUCCACGGUGCCGUCGUCGGCGGGCCCGACGCCAACGACGGCUUCGUCGACGACCGCUGCAACUACCAGCAGGCCGAGCCCACCCUCGCCGGGAACGCGCCCAUCUGCGGCGUCUUCGCUCGCCUCGCCUCUGAGCCGGCCGACGCCUCCGAUAACAGCCCGCCGGCGCCUUCUUACUCACCGCCAUCGAAGGGGUCUCCUCUGGAGUUCGUGCACACGGUGAGCAACUCGUGGACGACGAACGGGGUGGAGCACUACCGGCACGUGGUGACGGCGAAGAACACGUGCGGGCACCCCAUCACGUACCUGAAGCUGCACGUCAAGGGGCUGUCGGGCCCCAUCUACGGCGUGUCAGCAACCACCGCCAAGGAGAAGGACACGUACGAGCUCCCCGCGUGGCUCACCAGCCUCGCCGCCGGCGAGCAGCUCACCAUCGUGUACAUCCAGGGCGGCCCCGCGGCCAAGUUCUCCGUGGUCAGCUACAGGACUGCUUGA